CUCCUCUCGUCCUUUGACAUUGCUCCGCGGCUGCAUCCUCACCGGGACGCAGAGAUACAAAGGCUUUUUGUGUAACUAAUUGAGGGCUUACUGUUGCGGUGGCUAAAUACGCAUUAAGGGUUGAGGUUUGUGUGGUUAUGUUCAUUAAGACAUUCCUGCACGGAUUGGGGCGACAGAGAGUGCGAGGGCUUUACAUAAUAAAGUGCAUCCUUUUCACGUGAAAUGCCCCUUUAAAAGCGCUCUCCCUCAGCCACAUAGAGGCACAUCGUAAACGAGCGGGUUGGGAGGAGUGAAAGGUCUUUGACACUUUGUUGUAUCAAUUCGACUUCAGGAUGGUCUCGUCUUACCCUUUACCGGACGGCUUCACCGACUUCGAUGUGUUUUCACUGGGAUCUUGUCUGCUGGUGGAGGGUCUGCUGGGCUUCUUUCUAAAUGCGGUGACAAUCGUUGCUUUCCUCAAAGUGAGAGAGCUAAGGACCCCCAGCAAUUUCCUAGUGUUCAGUUUAGCGAUGGCUGAUAUUGGCAUCUCUAUGAACGCCACCGUCGCCGCUUUCUCCAGCUUCCUGAGGUACUGGCCUUAUGGCUCUGACGGAUGCCAGACUCAUGGUUUCCAGGGCUUCGUGACAGCUCUCGCCAGCAUCCACUUCAUAGCCGCCAUCGCCUGGGACAGAUACCACCAGUACUGCACUAGGACAAAGCUGCAGUGGAGCAGCGCCAUCACUCUGGCUGUAUUUGUCUGGCUCUUUACUGCUUUCUGGUCUGCCAUGCCUCUCAUUGGCUGGGGAGAGUACGACUACGAGCCCCUCAGGACCUGCUGCACUCUGGACUAUACCAAGGGAGACAGAAACUAUGUUUCCUAUUUGAUCCCCAUGAGCAUCUUCAACAUGGCCAUCCAGGUGUUUGUUGUUAUGUCCUCUUACCAGUCCAUUGCACAGAAAUUCAAGAAGACUGGCAACCCCAGGUUCAAUCCCAACACUCCUCUUAAGACUAUGCUGUUUUGCUGGGGACCCUAUGGCCUCCUGGCUUUCUACGCCGCUGUGGAGAACGCCACCCUUGUCUCCCCCAAGCUCAGGAUGAUAGCUCCCAUACUGGCUAAGACCUCUCCCACCUUCAAUGUCUUCCUCUACGCUUUGGGAAAUGAGAACUACAGAGGAGGCAUCUGGCAGCUCCUCACUGGGGAAAAGAUUGAUGUGCCUCAAAUUGAGAGCAAGUCCAAAUAAACUAAGCAUGCGAUAAUUACAAACACUUACUGUCAUGGUGGUUUCUUACAGGUACCUAGAUGUUUCUGUCUGUGAUUGUAUGUUGUCUCUUGAACAGUGGUAGCCUUUGGCCCUUGUAAAUAUCCGUCCUAAAUUUGUUGUCCAUUGUUUCUGCAGUUGCGUUUCGUAAAGGAUGUUUUCAAACACAAAUAAGAAUAGGCAUAUUGUAAAAUCAAACGAAAAAACAUUGAGGAUCCAUGUCACCGUUUUUGGAUGGUUGACCUCUGACAGUCGGGAAGGUGUCCUUCCUUGUUUAUGGCGCCUGUCAAUGAAAGUGUGUGCCUGCCACUCUUGUCAUGCUCUGUACCAUCAUAAGUGACCUCUGUAUUCAGAGCACAACUGCACUAAUCCUCUAAACAAGGCGACCAUUCUUCAAUACAGCCCCCACGUCAAGUUAGAGAUUAGUCUAUGGCUGUAGCUUAACUGGACAUGCUUCUGGCCUGCAGAUUUACAUAUGAAAUAAAGACAGAAGUCUCUGUGGCAUAUAAAGGCAUAAAAAGAAAUAAGAGAAGUCAGAAUUAAUCAUUGGUAUUUACUUAACAAUGAGUUUAAAUCAAAAAUACCUGGUUUAGAUUAUGCUUAAUGUUAUUAAAAUCCCUUCGAUGACUCAGACCGAGACUAUUUAAUUUCGCGAUUUAACUAGUGGAAAUAAUAAUGAUAAAUAUUACAAAUAGUGUGUUUUUCUUCACAUAAACAGCAUUACUUUGAAAUGUAUAGUCUAUCCACAGCAUUACAACACACAAUAACAUACUGGUUAUCAUACAAUCAACAUUCUUACAGUAGGUUUCAAAAGCCAAGCAGUCUACUCUCAUGGUAUUACUUAAUGUGAUUUUAGUAUAUAACAGGAUAAUAAUUAAUGUUAUCAACUGACGCAUGAUCAGACUUGGGGUCAGAGUGGAGUGUGUUUCUUUACUGAGUAAUUCCUCACGUUGGAGAUUGAGAUUAUUAUUACAAAAUAUUAAAAAAGACAUUCUUUCACAGCAGUAUAUUAAGCAGUUUACCUGACUUUUACCAGUGACAACAUUAAAGUGAUGCAUAUGGAUCAAUGACUGUAUAUUUGUUUUAGAACUUUAAGUAUGUUUUGUUGUUCAAACUUAUGUACAUUAUAUACCUUUCUAGACUGUGCUAUUGUAGUAAAACUUUUAACUUUUAGCUAAGUAUUUUUCCACCACUGGAUAUGUGCAAUUACAGCAA